UUGUUUUCCUGUUAGGCGGCCAGUUUAAGUUGCCAUAGCAGGCGAUGGCUGUGCCUUACAUUGAUCACACACGAUAACCGUCAUACUGCUGGCCACAUGGCUCAUGUCAGCAUGGACUCCUUCAGUGAAUCUGACACCAAUGACAGACCCACGGGGCAUCGAUCGCGGGUCAGAAAGCGCCGAACGAGGCCUGACAGCGCAUUUCCCAGGGACACUCAUGUAUCGGACAUAUCGGACAAAAUAGGCACUUUAGCAAACACUCUACAAGAUACAAGCCGAAAUCUAAACAAAGUAGAUCGGAUGUUGGGACAAUAUAAGGAUCACACAGAUGACCAAGCUGAAGCCAUAGCAACAAUAAGGGAGAGCUUAGAGGAGUCCAUCCAGCAUCUACAGGCGCAGCAGCUAAGAAGAUCCACUGGUGGGUGGAGCACCUCCCUCUCCACACUGCACACCAGUGACCUGGAAGAUGGCAGCGCCACAGAUAUCAGACGCCACCUACCCACAUCCCUUCUAAGAGAUUAUGGCAGUGCAGGCACAGACAACAGAAGACGGUCUAGAUCUGUCGCUGUGCAUUUCACAGACUCCACUCAAGCUGACGAGCAGAUUCAUUCAUUGCAUCAGUCCCUCAGAGACUUGCAGAGUGAUCAGCUUCUGAUUGGUGAUGACAUUGAUAGAGAGAUCAGGAGAAGAAACAGAAUUGAUAUGGAAACCAAGAAAACACUGGAGAAUCUUGCAGGCCACAUAAAGGCAUCACAGAAAGAAGAACCUGUUUCAUUACGGGUGGAGAGACGUUUACAGGAGAUUGAAGAUGAGAUGCGCUCAAGGAUUUCUGAAAGACAUCACAGAGAGAAGCCAAAAAGCAUGUCUGGUGAACUGCAGGAGGCUUUGAGAAGACAUGACUCCCAAACCCCAGAGGCUGAUGAGAACUUCAGAAAUAGACUGCAGAGAUCAGAGAAUGAGAGAAGCAAGAUGCAACAGGAAAUGGAGAGGCUCAGAGAGCAGCUGGAUCAAUCAGAAGGUGGACGAGACACCCUUCUCCAGAAGAUGGAUGGCAUGCGUUCACAGCUUCUGAGGAUGGAGAAGGAGCGGUUAGAUUUGCAAAGGGAGAUGUCUUUACUCCUGUCUCAGCAGAGAAGUGCAAGGAGACAGCAAGAGAGAGAAGUCACAGAUUUUGACAGUGGACGAACAGAACUGGAGAGAGAAAUUGGAGACCUGCGGGUACAGUUGGGUAGAAUCAGUGUUUCUAAUGAGGUGGAAGAACUGAAAAAAAGCGUAGAACGAAAGGAGAGAGAGAAAAUUCAGCUCGCUUUCCGAGUCAAGGCACUUUCUGCAGAUCUGGAGCGACGUGAACAGCAGCAGUUAAAGAUGUUGGCCCAACUGAAGGAGAUCCAGUCUCGUUCAGAGGAAAAUGUGUUGGAAUGUGGCCGUCUAGAGGCUCAGCUGAUCGAGAGCGAGAAAAGAAGGGAGGAGCUGAGCUCUAAAGCUCAGGAAGCAGUCCGUCAAUGGAAGACAAAGUGCAAGAAACUCGAGCAAUCAUUUAAGGAGCUAAAGGAUAACAGCAGAAACAACACUGAUAAAGAUAAAUGGAGCAAAGGGAGAGAAGGCAUUCUUAGCCAGCAGUUAGAGGUUGCACGCCAACAGCUGGCUGAUGCUCUUGGACGUCUUGCUCAGCGUGAAGAGGAUGUACACCGCUGUAAUGUGGAUCUUACUGAAACUCGUUCACAGCGUGUCACUAUAGAACUAGAGCUUCAAGAGGCUCGGGAAACCUUGAGAGGCCUGGAAGAGGAGGCACAGAAGCAGAUCUCCUUACAGGUCCGUAUGAGAGAGGAGAACAUCAGGCUGCAGAAGCAUUUGGAACUUCAGGAGCAUAGGAAAGAAGAGGAACAGAGAUCUCUGUUGGAUCUCCAGGGCUCAGUCAAGAACCUGAGCACUGCAAGAGCUGAUCUAGCUGCCAGAUUGGCUGAGGUGGAGAGCUCUAAGAAGAAUCUAGAAAAACAGCUUGCUGUAGCUCAGGAAGAGAGCUCCUCUUUUGGGCGACAGUUGGAACUGGAGAGGCAGGUACAUCAGAAGGAGCUAAGCCACCUCCGAAUGACCCAUCAAGAAGGAAAAGACCAACAAGAAAGAGAUGUACACGACAUGCUGAGAUUAUAUCAGCGAGAGCGAGAAGAACUGGAGGCUCUAGUCAUAAACCUUAAGUCAGAGGCAGUGGCCGACAGUGAACUGAGGACAGCUCUGCAGCUGAAACUAGAUAAAAUGAAGAUGGAAUGUGAUAAAAUGACGAAGCAGCUAUGCACCAGCGAGGAAAAUCAUGCUAAGCUCCUCUGCAAAUACCACGCCCUCAAAAAAGAGCUGGAUUUGAAGGGGAAGCUAGCAGAGAGGGAGGAGGAGAAGAGGCAGAGUGCAGAGCACUCCAUUGCGGAGCUGCACAAGAAGUUCACAGGCCUCCAGACGGAGCAGGAGUCCAUUCUCCAUGCCGUAGGGACUCAGCUUGACUUAGCCUGCCAGUUCUUGUCAAAAGACUCUGCCGCCAAGCUUGAAGCCAUUACCUUGACUCCAGGAGUGCAAAAGGAUUUCCAUCGCUGGCUUGCUGAGGUUAAGACAAAGCUCCAGUGGCUGUGUGAGGAGGUGCGUGAGCGGGAGUCCAGAGAGAGGAGAUUGAGGAGGACACUGCAGCAACACAAGGAGCAGAUGAAAGCACUUAGGCAAGGCAAAGACUCAGAACUGCAGAGCCAUCUGGACCGCAUUGCCUUGCAGGAUCGGCUCCUCAAAGAAAUCCAAUCAGAAAAGAGAGGUCUUCUUAAAAUGGGCCGCAAGAAGGAAGAUGAGAUGAGAAACCUUCAGGACCGGAUUGUAGAUCUUGAAAUGAGCACCAGGCUGGCCUUGGAUCACCUGGAAUCAGUUCCCGAGAAACUCAGCUUGCUUGAAAACUUUAAGGAUCUUGAGGAGUCACAGAAGCAGAGAGAAUUGGUGGAACAACGUUAUGUCAAUUAUAAGGAGAUAGUUGGUAACCUCCAACAUCAGCUUGAAGAAUCUAAGAGGAGGAUUCAGGAAUACAGGGAUGAGAAGUUGGAUGCAGCCUGUCAGAGUCUGCAUUUUACUAGUCUGACAUCAUCUCUGCUCAGUCAAAGCAAUAUCCUAAUGGAUACCUCUCUGUCUACCCAUACCUCACCCCAGAAGCCACUUGCCAGUCCAGAUUUGGAAUCCAGUCUGACCCAAUAGCACUGAGCAACUGAGCAAACUCUAAACACACAUACAGCUGAAGCUUUUGCCGGUGAAGAAAAACUCAUGACUACCUCAUGAUUUUCACCAGAUCCUUAUGCUUGGACCAAUCAGACCACUAUGUAUCUAUAUAUUUUGAAAAUAUCUCAUUUUGAAUAUAUACUGUUAUCAAUUUACCAUAAUUUAGUUGCAUCUAGCAAUAGUUAACUAGUUCUGUAUGUAAUCAAAUUUUUUGUUGUUUUUAACUAUUUACAUUUUUAUAUAUCUAUGUAAUGAAAUGUGACUGACUAUGCAAAAUUACAGUGCUUUUUGUAACUUUUAUUUUUAUUUGUAUUUUUUUUUACAGUUUAUGUAAUGAAUGAUUUUUACUUCUAUAGAAAAGUUACUAAAUGGCCUGGAAGUCUGGAACUGUAAAAUGAAUAUAUGAGACUCCCAUCUGAAUGAAUGUAAAACCAAUUAAAACAUUGUCACUGUACAGCUACAAAA